CCCAGAGUGCAUAUCGGGAAUAGACACACAAAGACAUGCGCACUCAACUUAAUCAGCCAUUUUUUUAAACAGGGCUAAAACGAUAAUAAUUAGCAGAAUAAAGACAUAUCGGAUUUUCAUUUCCUUUCCUCCCUUUUCCCAACCUCGCACAACCUAAACUGCGAGGCGGCGGUCGACACAUGCUUUAAUAGCCGGACCCAAAGGAACGCUUCAUAUUCUCAUCGUUUCUGUUUAAUUUUUUUCCUAUAAAGUUCAAGGAUUAUUAUUUUUUUUUGCCAUUUUCCCCCCGUUUUUGUUAACUUUCGCGGUCACUGGAUUUGACUUACUAUAACUAAAGAAAAAAGCAGAACACGCCAGCGAGGAGACAUCGAGGGGAGAGAAAGUCCCUGACAGGUGGGAUGAAAUGAGAUCCCCAUGUCGUGAUUGCCAUGGAAACCGGUGAUUCCCCUUCUAUGUCAAGGCAGCAAAAUGGGCGGAGCCUCUCAGAGCCAUGCCAGGCCACUUGUCACGAUAAUGACCUCGCGGAAAAAGGCGGUGGGAUGGAGCUGGGCGCGGAGGGUGGCCCCACGGAUGUCAGUCUGAGAGCGGCCGGGAGGCGGGCGGUCGGCGCAUGCGGGCCAGACGGCGACGAAGCCGCCGGGGCCCAGCCCGCCUCGCCGACAGAGAUCUCAUGCGGCGAAUGCUUGAGUGCUUUCCCAAGCUUACGGUGCUAUAUGGAGCACCACUGCCUGGCAUCACGGCGCGUCCAACCCGAGGAUGGUGAUGGAAGCGGGACCAGCGAGCCGGAGGACGGCGAUGUGGAGAACCUGCCGGGGGAGAUCGUCUACCAGGCCGACGGCUCCGCCUUCAUCCUCGAGGACUCCGGAAAUGCUGCCCCACGCAUGGGCCUCUUUUCUCUGGCUGCUUUCCCAACUCCAGCACCUUCUGCCGGGGCCCUGGCGUCCGUGUCGGUAUUCCCGCAGAUCAUCGACACGUUUCACAUCGCCACGGCGCCCGCACCUCCCCCACCUGACCGCUCUUUCCCAGAUACCUCAGCGCUUACGGCCGCCGGCCCCGUGUUGCACAGCUUCCGCGUCUACGACCUCCGGCACAAGAGUAAUAAGGACUAUCUGUCCGCCGUCGGCACCCCCUGUGUGUCAGAUGUCCCCGGCGACGUGGACCUGUCCCGAUUCGAUGGCCGUGUCAGCGAUGGCAAGAGAAAGCCCAUCCUGAUGUGUUUCCUGUGCCGGCUGUCUUUCGGCUACGUGCGGUCGUUCGUGAGCCAUGCUGCACACGACCACCGCAUGGUGCUCACUGAGGAGGAGUUAAAGCUCCUCUCCAAUAGGAAUGUCUCUGCCAUCAUUCAGGGCAUUGGCAAAGACAAGGAGCCCCUCUUAAGCUUUCUAGAACCAAAAAAACCAAACGCUGGCCUGCCCCGUUUCCCCAGUGCCAACCUGCUUAGUCCUGAUUCCCGAGUUAAUGGCCUGUGGAGCACAGUUCGUUUGGAAAAUGGCGAGUCCCUGUCGGCCAGCUUAGCUGUCCUGAAGGGAAGCGCGAGUCCCACCAGACGUACGGAGACGGGCCCCACCGACCUGUCCGGUUCUGUGGCUCGCUCUCCCGUCAGGCUGGAGGGUGGCUGCGAACGGCCAGUGGAGGGCGCCACACCAUUUUCCGAUGGCUCGUUCAGCGUCAAAAGCGAGCCCCGAGAUGAGAACGAGGACGACGACGGCGGGAUCGGCGACCCGGAAGGUGGCAGCGGCGACUUCUCUGUCUUAAACCAAAGCAUUUCCCCCUUAGCGAGCCACGUGCCAAAAAGUGGCAGGAGAGAGUCUGCGUCUCCCGCGGUUGGUGCUGACGAUGCGGAGAGGAGCGGAGUGCCGCCUGCCUUGGCCGACAGCAGCGACAGCCAAAGCGGUAGCGACAGGGAUUACGGCGACCCUGGGAGUCGGCAAGAGGGCGCCACGCCAUCUCAUUCCAGCCACCCCCCGCGGACAGAAGACGGGAGCCCCACCCCUCCACUUCACGGCCCCUGUGCAGGGGGCCAUUCCCCCGGCGGCGGCGUCGAAUGCCCCAAAUGCGACACCGUGCUGGGCUCGUCUCGCUCCCUGGGCGGUCACAUGACCAUGAUGCACUCGCGCAACUCCUGCAAGACGCUCAAGUGCCCCAAGUGUAACUGGCACUACAAGUACCAGCAAACGCUGGAGACCCACAUGAAGGAGAAGCACCCAGAGUCUGGCGACUCCUGUGCCUACUGCGGCAGUGGGCAGCCGCAUCCCCGGCUGGCGCGUGGCGAGAGCUACACCUGCGGCUACAAGCCCUUCCGCUGCGACGUCUGCAACUACUCUACAACCACCAAGGGCAACCUGAGCAUCCACAUGCAAUCCGACAAGCACCUGAACAACGUUCAGACGCUACAGGGGGGUGGCACCAUCGACACCACCGCCACAUGCGCCCGGCCCACCUCCCCUUCCCCCACCCCUGCACCUGCCCCGUCACCGCCUGCCCGGCUGAAGCAGAAGCCAGCGUGGCGCUGUGAGCUGUGCGACUACGAGACGGGUGUGGCCCGCAACCUGCGCAUCCACAUGACCAGCGAGAAGCACAUGCACAACGUGCUGUUGCUGCAGCAGAACAUCAAGCAGAUGCAGCAUGGGCUGCACGUGGGCCUGGCACCCGCUGAGGUCGAGCUCUACCAGUACUACCUGGCCCAGAACCUGGGCCUCGCCGCUGUUAAGCUGGAGAACCUGGCUGAGCAGCACGCGCUGGUGGGCCCCUUGCAGGCAGAGUCGAGCCUGGCCCUGGGGCUGUCCUCUGGCCUUGCGAGCAGCGAGCCGUCGCAGGAAGAGCGCGCCUGUGCCCGUCCGCUGGGGGCGGAGCCCUCCGUCACCACGGACCCACGGCUGAAACUCUUCCACUGCGUUGUGUGCGGCUGUUUCACCUCGGACAGCCUGGAGGCUCUGGGGGCGCAUGCCGCCGCUGAGCGCGCCCUGCCCGAGGCCGAGUGGCACGUCAGCGUGGGCGAGCUGCACCAGUGCACGCUCUGCGGCUAUGGCACGCAGCUGCGCGCCAACUUCCAGCUGCACUGCAAGACAGAGCGCCACGUGCAGCGGCACCGGCUGGCAGCACACAUGCGUGAGGGCGGCGAGCCGGGCUGCUGGAGGACCAAGGCCCUCGACGCCGCUGCCCCUAUGCAUCUCAGGUGCAACGCAUGCGACCACCAAGCCAGCAGCGUGGAGAAGAUGCGACAGCAUGCAGUGGGGGCACAGCACGAGGCCGGCUUCAGGCUCUACAAGCACCUGCAGAAGCAGGAGAGCGCCCUGGACCCGGACUCCUGCACCUACUCCUGCACUCUCUGCGACUUCUCCACCCGCGCCAAGCUGGGCCUGCUGCAGCACCUCCGCUCCCCGCGGCACCAGCAGGCCGACGGGCUGCGGCGGCUGCGGCUGCGCAGGCGGGGCGCCGGCCUGGAGAGCGAGGACCUCGCAGAGCUCUUCGUCGUCAGCGACCGCCUGCCCCGCCAGUCCGUUGCAGAGGAGCUGGACGGAGGCACAGACAGACCCCCUAAAACUGCAAACCUGACAGCGGCUGAUGUCAAAGAUUUCAGGGAGAAAAACGGCAAAGAUGGCAAAAAAGCUAGUAAAGAAUUCCGACCAAGCCCGCUGGACAGAGACCGCCGGGCGGAGGAGACCGGAAAGCGCUCGCCGCGGGACGGGGAGAUCGACGGCAAGGGCAAGAGGCGGAGGCUGGCGGAGGACAAGGCCGUCGCCGGCGAUCAGUGCCCCUACUGCACCUUCAGCAGCACGGACCGCGCCCGCCUACAGACCCACAUGGCAUCGCAGCAUUCCCUGCAGCCGCUGCUGCGCUGCCCUCUGUGCCAGGAGAUGCUGGGCAGCAAGCUGCACCUCCAGCUGCACCUGACGCACCUCCACAGCGUGCUGCCCGACUGCGUGGAGAAGCUGCUCCUCACUGUGUCGGGACCAGAUGUUGCCAUGACCAAUAACAUGCCGCUCCCUGGAAAAGACAAAUUAAAGGAAACCAAGACUGCUACUCCAGAGGAACCUGGAAACGUUCUUGGUGACGCUUCUAACAAAAGAAGCCCUAGACGAGAUAAGUGGCUUCAGAAUGAGGAGCUGAAGCUUCAGGUGGACCUCCGGGAAGCUGGAGACCAGGACACCAGCAGCGCCAAGGGACACGGAGACCCCACUCCUUCAGCAGAGGAGCGGGGUGACAUGCCGAAGCAGCAGCCAGCACCUGAUGCUGACCUCCCAGGCCCAAGCUUCCCCUGCGGCCAAUGCGGGCAGUCCCUCGACACUCUGCAGAAGCUCCGAGUCCACUCCCAGUCCCACGCAGUUGUCCUGUGCAGCCUGUGCCAGGGAAGCUUUCCCUCCUUUCUGUCUCUCAGGAAGCACUUGGAGACAGGUCAUCCGGAGCUGAGCAAGGCCAGGGUGAGGCAGCUGUGUGGGAGCCCUUCGCCCAAUGGGGACCUGUGUGCCGAGCUUGAGGCUAGGCCAUGCGAGGACAUGCCAGCUCUGGAGCAUCAGAUGGACAAGGAAGAAGAGAUGGACCAGGAGGGGAAGGCAAGCCCCGUAGGAAGCGACAGCAGCUCCUUGAUGGACGAGAUGGGAUCAGAACCGAAGCGGAGCCUACCUCUCAGGAAAGGUCCAAACUUUUACAUGGAAAAGUUCCUAGACCCUUCUCGUCCAUACAAGUGCACGGUAUGCAAGGAGUCCUUCACCCAGAAGAACAUCCUUCUGGUUCACUAUAACUCAGUGUCGCACUUGCACAAGCUAAAGAAGGUCCUGCAUGAGGCAUCAAGCCCCAUGCCGCUGGAGGCCAGCAGUGGUGUUGACAACAAGCCCUACAAGUGCAACGUCUGCAAUGUCGCCUACAGCCAGAGCUCCACCUUGGAGAUUCACAUGAGGUCUGUGCUCCACCAGACAAAAACAAGAACCGUCAAGGUGGAGAAUGGCAGUGGCGCGGUCAAUGGAAACGGGCCAACACUCAGUCCCAUCCCUGUCCAGCAUGGGGUGCCAGACUCCAGCUUACCGGUGCACCCUUAUAGCGAGAAGAUGGAGGCUAAGGAGGCAGCCAGGAAGAAGGCGGAGCACACUUCUGUCCAGCCCUCGCAGUCUCCGGCGCAGUUGAUGAUGCAGCACGACUUGCAGUCGCAUGCUGCUUUCUUUCAGCCCCAGCUGCUGAACCCAGCUUUCUGGCCGCACUUCCCAGUGACUCCCGAGGCCCUGCUGCAGUUCCAGCAGCCCCAGUUUCUUUUCCCCUUCUACAUCCCUGGUACUGAGUUCAGCCUUGGGCCCGAGCUUGCUCUACAUUCCGGCGCCCUGGGCCUGCCGGGUUUGCCGGCCUCGCUGCUGGAGGACCUGAAGCUGCAGAUGCAGCAGCAGCUUCAGAUGUCGCAACAGCAGGCCGCCUCCCAGUCACAGUCCCAGCAACCGAAGGUACAGCAGCAGCAGGCAAGCAAGCCAAAGCCUGAGGAGGUGAAGGCCUCUGCUGAUGGUCUGAUGCCAAAGGAAGUCGAGGAACCACCAGAGAAGGAGAUGAACAGAGAGAAGCAGGAUGGUAUGAGCAGCAACGACGCUACAGCAGAUGGCAGGGAUGCCAAAAAGCCAAAGCUGCCAGAGUCCCUCAACCCUCCACCGCGCAUCGUUUCUGUGGCAAGAGGCACUGUUGCCAAGGCGCUGCUAGAGAACUUCGGUUUCGAGCUGGUGAUCCAAUACAAUGAGAACCGGCAAAAGAACCAGAAGAAGAGCCAAACUGGAGAGGAGACCUCUAACGAUAAACUCGAAUGUGGAAUAUGUGGAAAGUUGUUCUCCAACCUCCUCAUCCUGAAGAGCCACCAGGAGCACGUGCACGGACAGCUGUUUCCAAAUGGAAAGCUGGAGAAGUUUGCUCAGCAGUAUAGAGAGGCUUAUGAUAAACUAUAUCCAAUAAAUCCACCUUCACCAGAAAUAUCCACACCCCCGACCCCCCCACCUCCUCAGCCUCUCCAGCCCCCGCCUCCACCAGCACCACCAACACCUUCCUCUGUUAGGAAGGUUCAGACUCCUCCAUCACCUCUCCAAGUUCCACAAUCAUUGCCACCACCCGCACCACCACCUCCCCCACCCCCACCCCCACCUCCUGUACCUUCCCAGCUGCCCUCUUUGGACCUCCCUUUCUUUCCUCCGCUGAUGAUGCAACACCCUGGCCUGCCCCCGCAGCUGGCCCUCCACAUCCCCUCCCUGGAUUCAUUAUCUCAGGCAGAGUUAGCACAGCUCUACCAGCAGCAACUGGGACUGGAUCCUGAGUUCCUGCGGCAGUCGCAGUUCAAGCGGCCUCGCACACGGAUCACCGACGACCAGCUAAAAAUCCUUCGCAAUUACUUUGACAUCAACAACUCCCCAAAUGAUGAGCAGAUCCAGGAAAUGGCAGAGAAGUCUGGCCUUCAACAGAAAGUGAUCAAGCACUGGUUUCGCAAUACGCUCUUCAAAGAGAGGCAGCGGAGCAAAGAUUGUCCGUACAAUUUCAACAUUCCACCCAUCACCACACUAGAAGACUUCCGGCUGGACCCUCAGGUCAGCUCAAUGGAGUAUUACAAAACGGAUGGCACAGCAAAUAAGAGGUCCUCCAGAACUCGCUUCACAGACUACCAGUUAAGGGUUCUCCAGGAUUUUUUUGAUGCCAAUGCUUACCCUAAAGAUGACGAGAUCGAGCAGCUUUCCGUUGUUCUCAAUCUGCAAAGUCGGGUGAUUGUUGUCUGGUUUCAAAAUGCUCGUCAGAAGGCUCGCAAGACUUACGAGAAUCAGGCAGAUGGUAAGGACAAUGAGAAGGAGAGGACAAACGAGCGUUACGUCAGGACCAGUAACAUGCAGUAUCAGUGUAAGAAGUGCUUGGUGGUUUUCCCACGCAUCUUUGACCUGAUCACCCACCAGAAAAAGCUGUGUUACAAAGACGAAGACGAUGAAGAAAAGGAUGACAGCCAAUCUGAAGAACUGAUGGAUACCAGUGACCUGAACUUGCCAAAGUUUUUGGGGCUCACAGAUGCAUCUAAAACCCCUGUAAUAACAGCCACCAGCUCUGGGUCCAGCUCUCCCAUAACUCCUGCAGCACAGUCUUGUAUGGAAAAGGCUUCACCAAAACCUGACCUAAGCACUGAAAAACCAAAGCAAGCUGAGACUGUUCCUUCCCAAAUGGCAAAGUUGCUGUCAGAGUCCCAGCCAUCCCAGACUCCUCAGCACCUUCAGAAAACAGCCUCCCACCAAAAUGUCGCCAGGCCUCACUCACAACCUCAAUCAACAGUCAUCACCUCUAGUCCUUUAUCCAUGGCCAUCUCCUCGAUAACCAACAGUUUACCUCCUCCCAUGUUACAGUAUCAAUGUGAACAAUGCAAAAUUGCAUUGCCUUCUGCAGAGCUGUGGCAGGAGCAUCAGCACAUGCAUUUUCUGGCAGCCCAAAACCAGUUUCUCCACACCCAGUUCCUGGAAAGGCCCACAGACAUGCCGUAUAUGAUAUUUGACCCAAAUAAUGCCCUCAUGACUGGGCAGCUACUCUCAGGAGCUCUCUCCCAGAUGGCAACGCAGAACAGCAUGGCCCUCUCCACAUGUCCUGGUUCUGGUUCCAACUCACUGAAACGCAAGAUUGAAGAAAAAGACGACAGCUGUUCCAAUGAAAAAGACAGCGGAAACAGUCUAGAGGACCAGCACAGGGAUAAACGACUUCGGACCACCAUUACACCAGAGCAGCUGGAGGUCCUGUAUGAGAAGUACCUCAUUGAUUCCAACCCAACUCGAAAAAUGCUGGACCACAUCGCUCACGAAGUGGGCCUGAAGAAAAGGGUAGUGCAAGUCUGGUUUCAGAACACCCGCGCGAGGGAGAGGAAGGGACAAUUCCGAUCCGUUGGACCUCCACAGUCUCACAAGAAGUGCCCUUUCUGUAGAGCACUCUUCAAAGCCAAGUCGGCCCUCGAAAGCCACAUCCGCUCCCGGCACUGGCAUGAAGCGAAGCAGGCCGGCUUCAGCUUGCCCCCAAGUCCCCUGGUGAUGCAAGAUGAAGCAGAGAGCCCGAGUAGGUGUGGUUACUUUGACUAUUCGCAGGUGUCCAUGAAAUCAGAGACUAAUGAAUAUGAGAUUCCUGCUGCAUCCUCAACUCCAGUCAAACUGUCUGAAGCACAAAGAAAGAACAUCUUGAGCCUUUCACUGAAAAUGGAAAACCAUAAUGAUUACGAUGUUCUCAACAUUAAUUCCACAGAUGUUUCCCUAGAUCAGAACAAAACUGAUUUUGAUGAAACAUCUUCGGUGAACACCGCUGUGAGUGAUGCAACAACAGCAGAUGAGGGACACAAUGAAAACGAGAGUGUCAAUGGCAUUGGAGCUGAAAAGCAGAUAGAAACCAAAACACAUCCAUCCCAUAAUCCCAAUGGUUAUGAUGAACGUUUUUUUUAUAACCUGGCGAGCCCCUCCUUCAGCUUCUCUGGUAGGGAAGGUGAGCAGGGUUACAUUAUUCUGGAUGACCAAGAUGACAAUGCGGAUAAGAGCGAAACAUCAAGCUUAGCGGAUCCAAGCUCCCCGAGUCCUUUCGGUAACGGCAACCCCAUGAAGCCAGGAAAGUCAGGUGGAGAGAAGCUUAGCCACAAGCGCUUCAGGACUCAAAUGAGCAACCAGCAAGUCAAGGUUCUCAAGGCUUGCUUUAGUGACUAUCGAACACCCACCAUGCAGGAAUGCGAGAUGCUGGGAAACGAAAUCGGCCUCCCCAAGAGGGUCGUGCAGGUCUGGUUCCAGAAUGCCCGUGCUAAAGAGAAGAAGUUCAAGAUUAACAUUGGCAAGCCAUUCAUGAUCAGUCAGAACUCCCCGGAAGGCCCAAGGCCCGAGUGUACUUUGUGUGGCACCAAGUAUUCCGCUCGCUUUUCCAUCCGAGAUCAUAUAUUCUCAAAGCAGCAUAUUGCCAAAGUGCAAGAAACCCUGGGACACCAGAUUGACAGAGAGAAGGAUUACCUUACUCCUACGACUGUCCGGCAGCUGAUGGCACAACAAGAGCUGGACCGCUUAAAGAAGGCCACGGAUGUUCUCGGCAUGACAGGGCAACAGCAGGCAGUGACUGAAAAGAAUGCACUUCAGGGCCAUAACGGGCCUGCAGGCUACACUGGAAUCUCCACCAUAGCACCCGUGCAGCUGCCUGGGGUAAAUGGCCCCCUACCCCUCCCCCUCUUUUCGCCAAACAUACCUGCUUUAGCAGCCCCUGGUGCUGGUAUUCUUGGGUUUCCCACUACAACCACCUCUACCGCCAGGCCUCUGAGCAGUACCCCAACCAAGGCCAUGUUGAGUCCUCCACCUCCACCUCCCCCUAUAACUCCUGCCAGCAAUCCCAAUGAGCAGAAGAGUACGGAGCCUGAGGUGGAAAAGAAGGCUGAGAAUCAGAAGAAAGCUGAGGAGAAGGAAGCAGACAUCAAGAGCCCAGACAUAAAAAAGAGAAUGAGGUCCUCGACCAUGCAUUCAACUAAAGUCAAAGGUGGUGAGGUGCCAGUGGAUCCAGCUCAGCUGCAGGCACUGCAAAGCGCCGUCGCUGGUGACCCUGGGUCCUUCUUAGGGGGGCAUUUACUGCCCUACUUCCUUCCCGGACUCGCAUCGUGUUUCUCGCCCCAGCUUCCGGCCGGAGUGCAGGCCGGAUACUUCCCACCCUUUUGCGGGAUGGAGAGCCUUUUCCCAUAUGGCCCGGCUGUGCCGCAAGCCGUCACUGGCCUCUCCCCUACUGCUAUUCUGCAGUAUCAGCGCUCCCUGCAAGACUCCCUGCAAAAGCAGCAGCAGUCGCAGCAAAGACAGCAGAGACAGCAAUCGCAGCAACUGCAGGAUCACGCUGCGCAGGAGCAUCAGCAGCAGAAACCCCGUCUGGCCCGGCAAAAGAGCACGCAGAGCGAAGCCCUCAGACCAAAAGAGGAGGGGAAAGCCGCCACAGGUGAAAGCACAAAAGACGAGCCCCGCACCGAUACCAAAACCUUAGACUUCCUGGACGCUUUCAUCCUUCCCUCCGUGAAGCCCGAGUUCAUCUGCCGGAAGUGCGAGACGCCUUUCGCCGAUGAGGAGUCGGCACGGCGCCACCAGACAUCCUUCUGCUACUUUGGCCAGCCGACGGCCGCACUGCAGGAGACCGUGUUGUGCAGGGCGGCGAGCAGAUAUGACUGCCAAGCCUGCAACGUGUCCAUUGGCGGGAACGAAGCGCUCAGCCAACACCUUCAGUCGAGCUCGCACAAGGAGAAAACAAUCAAACAAGCAAUGAGAAAUGCCAAAGAGCAUGCUAGAUUAUUACCUCACUCCGUCUGCUCCCCUAACCCUAACCCUAACACCACAUCUACCUCGCAGUCUGCAGCUUCUUCUAAUAACACCUAUCCGCACCUUUCCCACCUGACCACAGCGGCCUGGCCUAGCGCCCUCUUCCCAGCGUCCGCCAGGGCGGCCGCUUCUUCUCCAUCACCUUCUCCGCCCAUCUCAUUGCCUUCAAUGGUUACCUCAACUCUGUGCAGCUCCUCAGGCGCCCAGACCUCGCUACCCGGCAGAAGCUGCUCGGAAGAAUCCGACAGCAAGCUAAGCCAGAAGCUGGAGGAGCUAGAAAAUUUGCUGGAAGUCAAGUCAAAGCCGUCAGCCGGCAUGGAUGGUAGUUUCAACAGUAUACGGAUGGAUAUGUUCAGUGUAUAGGAGUGAAAAUGGGAUCCAUUGCUUUAAAAAUAAGAAAUAAGACUUAAACUGCAGUUCCAAAGUUUCUCUAUCCCAAAAAUAUUCACAGUACCAAAUGAUUGACUCAGGAUUGUUGUUCCCAUAUUGAUAAAGCUGGUAAGCUAUGGAUUAAUGGACAAAGUUGCAUAUGCUUGACUGAGUUUUUACUGUAUGAAUAUACAGAGGAGGGGAGAGGGAGAAAAUAAAAUCCCACAAGUUCUUGCCGAACUUGUUUCAAACCAAAACACUCAUGAUAGCAAGUUGCACAUAAGCUGGACUGGUUUCCAAAUGCUUACGUGGGCUGUAUGGGACUGAUGAUCCGGAACUUUUUUUUGGAGAGAAGUUUCUCGUGCUUUAGUUAGGUGGUGAUUCAGUAGCUUUAAAUUCUCAGGUCGGAACAACAUUUUCUCAUUUGUAAAGAGCAGCAAGAAGCCAGGGCUUGGCUUUACCAAAACACGUCCGGCAUUAUCAGAAGCAUUAAAUAUGUGGGUAAUGUAAUUGUUACUGAACAACAUAUCUUUUUACAUCCCCCUCCAAAGCAGUAAGUUGUACAACUGAGGAAGAAUCUGGAAUGGCGUUGAAAUAUAUGCCCCCGUGUCACUUUUCAGUCCCACAAGCGUGUUUCUUGUAUAUCUGUAAAGCACCCCCCCCCCCCAUAGACUGUACUAACACCUGUGGCAACACUUGUUUUUUUUCUCUCUCUUUACCUCUGAUAACACCCUUUUCCAAAGAGGUAAUAAUCCUAGUUUUGAUAGACUUUGAUAGAAUGACGUGGACAUUUUUAUUCCUUGGUGACCUGCUAUCCCGUCAAGGUGCGUGCUUGUGUCUGGACUACAGUGCACUUAAUUUAUCAUCUUUAAUUUCACCUAGAUUUUAAUUUAUUUGUAACUUUUCGAUAGAUUGUUCAUAAUUUAAUAGUGUUUUUUUGUGUGUGUGUGUGUUUAUACUUAUUUGUAAGUGUAGCAAAGCAACAUUUUGGUCUUUUCUUUGUCAUUAUGACUCAUAGCAUUUCAAAGACAUAUUUAAAAAUUUAACAAAGUAGAACCACAUACUUGAAACUACAUAAGUACAAGUUGAACAAAGAAUAUUUAUAAUGCUAUAAAUAUUUACUUCUUGAGAGCAAAGAAGCUGCUUUGAGAAAGGGGACUAAAACAGUUCUUUUGUCAGUGAUUUUUAUUUUUUAUUUUCCUCCUGCUGUUUGUCAGCCAAACACACUUCCAAACACACAGCGUCAUUUAGCGGAUAGCUAAUUGUACUUUCCUCAAUACUCUGGGCCCCGUUGAUUUUCCUGUCUCAUUUCAUCAUGUAUAAAGUAUUAUUAUCCUUUACCGACAUUUUGCUGCUACUCUGCAACAUAGUUUCUGCUUGCCUUGGACUUUCGACUUUCUAUUUGACAUACGACUGACUCAUGAAAUGCUUUGGUUGGCUUUUUUUCCCCCUUUUCCUUUCUUUUUUUUUUUUUGCCGUGGAUCUUAAACAACGUGAAAGCUGUCGGGGCUGUUCAGUUUUACGAACAACCUUCUGGUUCUGCGAGGCUGGUCAACGCGAUUCAUUCCAAAGUAAUGGAUGGCCGUUUAUACGAAAGUAAAAGGCUUUUGGACAAAGAGGAGUAAGCAGUUGUACAUAUUUCUGGUCGGCCGUGCAUGGUACAAAUGUAUUAAUUAUGAAGAAACGCAAACCUGUAUCGCUUUUGAUAUUCCUAUUCUGAGAUGAACAAGUAGCAUGUAAUGCAACUGUUUGACAGGAUACAUCAAAUUUUGCUUAUUAUAAAAAUCAAAUAACAUUUUCACUUUUUUUUUUAAUAUUGUACAGGUUGUUUUGUUGAAGUUUUGAGUGCUAUUGUCACAGCGAUUUUUAUUCUCCGCAUUUUUAUGUGAACUUUUUAAUGUUCUUAUUUGUAUUUUUAGUAUUUUUACAUUAAUUUUAAUCCUGACGACACUUUUUGAUUGUUUCAAAAGAGAUGUCUUGGGUGCAAUUUUGCCUCUCUAAAAGUAGGGGGCACUGUCCUGAUUCCAAAGGGUCUCUGCAUAGGUUUUGCCUUUCUCUUGAAUGUGGGUCAGCAGUCAGAGACUGAGCUGUCCGUUAACACAGCAAAUAGACGUGUUGGCAUGGAACAGAUUGCUUCCCACGUAAAGGACUGGUAAACGAACCGAAACUUGUAUAACGGUCCAAUAAAUAAAUGUAUACACAUUGCAACUGAACCAAAAACUUUCUAGGGAUGGAUAGUGUCAACCUAAAGAGGACAGCAUUCAAGGGGUGAUGUGAGGCUGCUCUCCUGGAUAUCAAAGGGAUUAACACAGCGCAAUUAUCCAAAAAGAAAAAGUAAAAAAAAAUCCUUUCCAUGCCUGAGUAACGUAAGAAAAUGCAUCCUGAGGUUUUAUUAAAGAGCUGUCCAUCUGGCGAGAACUUUAAAUAAACGAAACCAAAAAUGUUAUUGAUGUUUAUAAAUAUAUAAAUAUAUAUAUAGAGUAGUUACACUAGUUUUUGUUACUGUAAUGUUGAAAGUCUCAACUGUACUGUAUUACAGUUAAACAUGGUUUUGAAAAUUCUUUUCAUUUUGUCACAGACCUGUUGUCAUAGUUGAAAUGAUGUUUAUCGUAGAUGGUAUUCGAACCCGCUUCCGUUGGAAGGCGACGGUUCCUUCGGUAUGUCUGUUAUUCAGUGUGAUACAUUAAAGUCUAUCUGCAAACCAGGUCUCUGCGUGUGUGUGUGUGCGUGCUUGUGUGUGCACGCUCGUGCGUGUGCCAGCCUUCCAUCUCACUAUCUUUCCCUUCUUUUUUCGAAUACCCCCGCGAACGGUAAUCGGCAGCUUAAACGCGAGGAGGCGCUUUUAAAUCAUGGUCACCGCUGGAUGGAGACAUCUGCUUUUAAUUUGUAUAUGAUUUACUGAAGUCCUGUAUAAGCGAAUGUGGCUGGCCUCUGGUUUGUAGAAGGCAGGACGUAGUCUGAUGCUUAACAUAUGAACUGUUAAUUCCAUUUGCUUGUGAAAGAGCCAAAGCAGGAGGCUGAUAUGGGGGUUAAAACCGAGGCCCUAACUCCAGUUAGGUGGCUUAGGGAAGGUUCUGGCAUCCUGUGAGCUUUGUGCUUGUGUGUCUGACAUUCAUUAGCUUUUGUGAUGAAAAAUGUCAUUUUUUUCAUUUGAGGUAUAUUGUGAAAAUCUUAAAUAUUUGCUUGAUAAAUGGCUCGUAUAUGUAAUAUUCUGCAAGAGUAUAAAUCAAAUUUUGCCUACAAGGUAUAUUGUCUUUCUGUAAAUCUGACAGCAAUUUUUUUUUUUACUUUUGCAGCAAAUAAGUCACUGAUCUUUACAUAAUUACAUGAUUAAAGUCACAUAGAGAAGUGUGUAAUUUUGAAAUAA